AUGUUUGCGUCCAAGCUCGGCUAUAAAAAUGCGCAAACACGUUUUAAUCUACUUCUGCUCGAGGACGGCGAGUUCUUUCUCGAUGAUUUUAGUGUACAUCGCUUUCUAGAACCUAACCCUGAGUCACAUCGAAAAGUGCAGGGAAGACUAAAAAUGUGCACGCGUGGCUUCUUCUUUGAGCCUCAAGACACCAAUUUACCUAUUUUAAGAUUCUUCUUUCGAGAUAUGAAAGAAAUGCCCGUAGCAGAGUUACAUGACCGUCCAGAAGCUGGAGAUUGUGCCAUUUUUCUAGCAUUCAAGGUAUCCUCGGUGCUGGAAAUGAAAGAAAGAGGAGUGGACCAUCCUUACGUGCAGAAAGAGGCUGGUUCUAGUACCGGAGUCCCAAAGAAAUACACUUUUUUGCUGCUGCAUUCGAAAAUUGAAGAAUUUUUGAAGAACGUGCAGCCAAUUUGGGAACUUUCACACAAGGAAAGUGUUAUGAACAAAGUGGACGAAGAGGCUCUGCUGGAGCCUGUAUUGCAACCACGACAGACGGAUCAGUUUGAUUCGAGUUUGUUGGUGGAUUUUCGUGAACGUCCGUUGCAAACAAAGGGAAAAAUAGUGGACCGUAUUGUGCCGUUACUGAAGUAUCCGGGUUGUCUGAUGCUGACAAAUCAGCGACUGUAUUUUCAACCAGCACAAGUGAACAAUGUCGGUGACCCUGUGCUGAAUUGGGCGUACAACACGAUCGAGUACUUGUACAAGCGACGACAUAUGCUGAAGCAGACGGGGUUGGAAAUCUUUUUGAAAAAUGGAGAAAGUUUCUUUUUUGGCUUCCGAAACCAUCAUGAUCGCGAUGAAGUGUAUGAUAUGAUGGUGGACCAGUCAGAUCUAAAACACCUGCAGCAGACAGAUUUGGAAUCAAUGCUACGUAAAUGGCAACAGCGCGAAGUAUCAAACUACGAUUACCUGCUGUAUUUGAACAACAGUGCCGGUCGCACAAAGAACGACCUUACGCAGUAUCCGGUGUUUCCGUGGAUUUUGAGCGAUUACCAAAGCCCAUCAAUUGACCUGUCAGAUCCAGCUAUAUAUCGUGACCUGUCAAAGCCCGUUGGUGCGCUCAAUGAAGAACGUCUGGGAUAUUAUAAAAUGCGGUUUGAAUCGAUGCCACGUGGUAUGGAAGAUGAGGGAUUGCCUCCGCCCUUUCUGUAUGGAACACACUACUCCACUCCCGGAUAUGUGCUGUAUUACUUUGUGCGCAUGGCUCCUGAGUAUAUGCUUUGUCUCCAGAAUGGGAAGUUUGACGCCCCCGAUCGGCUGUUCCAGAGCAUUCCUAGUACCUGGAGCAGUUGUAACACAAACCAUGCUGAUCUAAAGGAGCUUAUUCCAGCUUUCUUUGACGAUUCGCUGCCCGCGGAGGAGUGGCUGUGCAAUGGGAAAAAUCUUGAUCUUGGGACAACGCAAAAGCUAACAAGGGUCGGAGACGUUGAGCUUCCUGCAUGGGCAUCUAGCCCAUCUGCAUUUAUUCGUAUUAACCGAGAAGCGCUGGAAAGCGAAUACGUUUCUGAUCACCUUCACGAAUGGAUUGAUCUGAUCUUUGGUUACAAACAACGAGGAGAGGCUGCGAUUGAAGCCAAUAACCUAUUCUACUACUUGUCGUAUGAGGGCUCAGUGGAUCUCGAGACAAUAACGGACCCUGUAGAGAAGUAUUCGUUUGAAGCACAGAUUCAAGAGUUUGGACAGACGCCUAAACUGCUGUUUGCUGGAGCUCAUCCUUCCCGCAACGAUGUUGGCAAAGCAGUAGAUAUCGCGACGCUUGACCUAGUGACGCCUUUACAAAAACUUGAUGAAUCGGCUAGUGCGACCAACGGUUCAGCGAUGAGUGCAGAUAUCAAUACCCGCAGUCGAGAAGGCAGCGAUGUCGACGAAAACAAAUGCAACGAUGGAAAUGAAGAGGAGGAAAACGUAACAACGGGGAACCGACGCAGCAUGUUUGCGUUCCGAAGUCGCUCCUUUAGCGCUGUACCUAAACAAGCGCAACGGAUUGUAGGAGGGAUCACAGCACAGAUUCGCCGCCGGAUGAGCACUGAGACGACUAAGCGCUGGAAUUGGACAUUUGGUACCAUUGGCGAUACUUCGUCGUGGGCACCAUCAGCGCACUACAUGCUGCAUGCUAGUGAGGUUACUUCUUUGGUCCUAGGAAAGGAUGGGCGAGCACUUUUCUCAACUUCGAAAGAUUCAACUUUCAAAGUUUCUGCAACACUGGAUGGCACAUUACGGCGUAACCUGUCCUGUAACCUGGCUUUAUCAUGCUGUGCUGUGUCACUUGACGAAAAGUAUGUUUUCGUUGGAUCAUGGGACAACUGCAUCUACAUGUACUCCAUGGAUGUCGGACGUGUGAUCGACCAGAUCACAGCCCAUGAUGACGUUCUGUCGGCUCUCUGUGUGUUUGAAGACCGUUUGCUUUCGAGUUCUUGGGACGGCUCCAUCAAGAUGUGGCACUAUACACCAAAAGGGAUUGCGACGGCCCCGUUAUCGACGUUUAUGGAGUGUGAAGAGUCUGUCGUCAGUUUGUGCGUAAGCAUGGAUGGUUGCACAGGUGCUGCUGCCACAAGAAAUGGAGUUGUAUACCUUAUCGAUCUACGCACAUGCGAACUGAUGCGUAAGCUUUUUGCGAGCCCAGUACAAUGCGCAGAGAUUUGCGGGCUGACAUUCUGUGGUGGGGGGUCUACAGUAGCUUGCAUGAGCACAGCGAACGAGCUGUCGGUCUAUCGAAUAGACGGCAAGCGAGUGGUAACGAUCAACGUGAACGCUGAUGACGGAUCUGUCCGGUGCUUUGACUCAGACGGAGAAUACGCAGUGGGAGGAACGUCUAGAGGCAAGCUGCUAUUCUGGAAACUCGAUGGUCCUAGUGGCCAUGAACAGGUUUUGGAAAUCCCGGAUGCACAUGCCCAGGGCGUGUCAGCAUUAACUGUGAGUCUGCACGCAUCCACAAUUGUGUCAGCGUCUGCUGACGGAGGUGUUCGCAUUUGGCAUCUGCGUCGAAAGGCCACUUCUCGUGGUCGUUUACCAGCCUUCUUUUAA